GAUUGUUCAAGGCGCACGCUAUGUCUGACGUUCCUGAUUACGACGCAAAUGACAAUAUCUGCACCGUAAAAAUAAUUUGCUUAGGUGACAGCGCCGUCGGAAAGUCAAAAUUGUUAGAGCGUUUUCUGAUACAGGAUUAUCAUCCUCAGCAAUUGUCAACGCAUGCACUAACAUUGUACAAGUAUGAAACACAGCUAGAUGGCAGGAAGAUCUCAGUCGAUUUUUGGGACACUGCUGGGCAAGAACGAUUUCAAAGCAUGCACGCAGCAUACUAUCAUCAGGCACAUGCAUGUAUCUUUGUGUUUGAUGUGACACGGAAAAUCACAUAUAAGAACCUACAGAAAUGGUACGAUGAGUUACGGCAAAAUCGACCGGACAUUCCGUGCUUAUGUGUGGCCAACAAGAUCGAUGCUGACAUGAGUGUUGUGAGCAAGUCUUUCAAGUUCGGAAGCAAAAAUAAGAUGGGGUUUUACUUCGUAUCUGCCUCAGAUGGGACGAAUGUGGUUCGGGCCUUUCAAGAUGCAAUUCGAGCCGCAGUCGCCUACAAAGAAACAUCGACAGACAUCAUGGAUCAGAUAAUGGAAGAACUUGCAAUGAUGAACGGAAACGGAAGUGUGAAAUUCAGCAUCGACACAAAUGACGCCAACGCAGAGCCGGACUGGCAAGGACAGACCUCACCGGAAUCCCCAAGCGUUACAACUCCACGCGAGUCGUGCUAGCCGUGCGGAACGACAAGUCAUUGCUCAGCAACCGAUGUCUUUAUAAAUUUGCAUUGCUUUCCCCUGUUUCAUCGGUGAACUACAUAUAGCUAAUGUCCAAAUUCAAAAAGCGUUUCCCACCAAAACUAUAGGGCUCUGUUCCCGAAAGUACAGUCCUUCCAAUCAAUGACCACGAUGUUCACGAAGAUGAAGUUGUAAUUCAUUACACUGCCCUGUGAACAAGGGAAAUGUGCUAAGCGAAGAUCGCGACAACGAUGAUCCUAUCAUCCAUUUGCCCGCGAUAGGAACGAUCGAUUGCUUGCCAAGAGAAAAAAAUGGAACAGAGAGA